CUUUUUCCCUUUUGCUAUUUUUCAAAACAAAACAUCAUCACCGCUAGCACGAGAAUUCUGCACCUCGGUGAAUAUUCCAUAACACUCCAGCAAACACAAUCACCUCUCAUUUUCGCCAUGAUGACGUCCAAAGUUUUGGUGAACAAAUUUUCCUCCUCCAUCCGGCACGUGUAUGUUGUCAAUUUCGUUCCCUCGCUGUCUUUCUCGACGAACAAACCACCGUCGGACAAACCGGUCAGUCCGCGGAUGGAGGAGUUCCAGAAGAAGCUGCGCGAAAAAACACCCAUCGGCAAGCUGGACGAGAUCGUUGGCAAGCAUCCGUACCAGGAGAAGGAACCGCUCGAGCCGUGGCCAAACAACACGAACCCAAACACGGGCGAAAUCGGUGGACCGAAGGGACCGGAACCGACCCGGUACGGGGAUUGGGAGCGCAAGGGGCGUGUUACAGAUUUUUAGGAAAACAAACAAACCAGAAAUCUGUUCUGCACAUGCACGCGCACACAGAGUGGGCAUGUUUAACUUAUUUUACUACUUUAUAGU